AUGGAAGAUCUGAGAAAGAAAAGAGCGAUGACGCGAUCAACGGAUGGCUUAAAGUUGCCACAUAACCUGUCAGAUUAUUUUACGUCUUUAAAGUCUGCAAAAGAAAACGCUCACGAAAUAGAAUUUAAAGCUAAAGAGGAGAGAGAAGGGAAGAUGAGAGGCGCUUUGAGGGUCAUGAAAAGGUACCCUGCAAAUUUCAGGAUACGUUUAGGGAAAUUGAUGGAGAAGCCAUGUCAGCUUGGGGUAGUCGCUGAGCCUGGUGCUAGUGGAUCUACGAUGUCAGAAUAUCAUGAUUUGCCCGGAUAUCUUUCUGCUCCAACUACGCCCAGCGUGUCGACGUCCACCGAAGACCUUCGACGGGAGAGAUCUCUGACCAAUUAUUUACAAGUACCUCGAAGCCCUGGUGUUUUUUCAAUAUUCAAGCGUCGUAACGAUUCUCAGAGCUCACAAGUGUGCGCAGGAAAUGUCGCCGAAGGAGAGGAGCCGUCGUAA